ACCUGCAGCUCACACUAGCUCUGGCUGAUGAUCAUGAGUAAACUCUUUGGUGACUUUUUCUCUUUUUAGUAAACAUCAUCGCGGCUCUUCGCUGCAGUUUCAUAAAAAUGGUGUCAUUUUCUGCCAUUGGAAAGGAAAUUGUACUGAAACUUCUUGGGACAAUCUUCUCCUUUUAUGCUGUUUAUUACAUAGUGGCCUCACUCAUUCACGGAAUCCUCAGACUUGAUAAUUUUGAUGGCACUAUCCCAUUUCAUUACCAAAGUUUCGAUCAAAUAUUCACCAACUCAACGAGAUGGAACGAUAGUGUUUUCAUAGCUGACUUCAUCUCACUAGAAUGCACAUAUGCAAUCAUUCCAUUUGUGUUCUUCAUCUUCCUGAGAUCACGGCUAUGGGAUUAUACAAUCACCAUCACAGCUCUACACUGUAUUCUUGUCUGUUUAGUUAAUUUAGCUUUCCCUUUGAUAUGGGAGUGGUGGGUGUGGAUCAUCAUCAGUGUUGUCCUUAGUAUUGGGAUCAGCGAAAUGACUACCGCCCUCAUCAGGAAAAAGAAGACAGGAAGCUUCAGACCUCUACCAAAGGAAGAAGAUAAGGUCACGUGACUUGAAGGAGAUGGUGUCACAUGACUGGAAGGAUGCCGGGUCCCAUGGUUACAUAAAUUGGAAGAAUUGAUGCAAGUAGCUCUGUCCCUCUGUUGAGUAAAUUACAGCAUCUAUAGGUGAAUGAUAUAUUAUCAUUCCUAUUUUAUUGAGCAAUUUUUGCAAUGCAUAUCAAUGCUGAUUAGUAAUUUACCAUUCCAUCAAAGAUUUCUUGUAGUUAACGGUGAUUUCCUUUGUUCACUUUGUAAAGCUACUUGAUGUAAUCCCAGUUGAUCUAUUUCCCAAAUUAGAUCAAAUGAAUGUGUAACUAGUAAGCAGUUUCAACUUUCGAACAAUGGUUUUGAUGGGUAGGUUUUGAUGAACAAAAUGCACAUGCAACAAUGAUCUUAUAUAAGCAACAAGUUUACCGGUAACAAGAUAUUAGACCAAAUGGUAACAUUUUGAAUGGUUACAAACCAAAAUGAUUGUACAUGAACUUCUAGAUAAAAAAGGAAUUACCUUAUACAAAAUGCAAUUAGACCAACUUGAAUGAGACCAAAUGGGAAAGUGGUAUUAGACCAACUUGAAUGUAUAUCAGGCCUGGAGGGUGUUUCAUAAGACUGUUGAUAAAGUUAUGCACAACUUUAUGAAUGACUGGAAGAUGUUCUUAGGUGUUAAUCCAGCUUCCUAUAGGUCACUAGUUGUGCAUGAAAUCAUACAGCACAGCUUUAUGAAACUGUCCCUCUCAAUCAAAGGCAUUCUUUGUUCUCAUUGUGAACAUUACAUUUUUUUUAGAAGUGCCAUAGAUAUGAUGUCAGUUGAAUGAACAACAAAAAAAUUGUAUUAGUUGAUUCGUUAAAAUGCUGAUCAAAAUUUGAACUGCCGUAUAAUGGUUUCUCCUCAGGUAAGCAGACAGUACAGUGUAGGUGUACCUUAAGUCAAAUCUUAUUAUUCCAAAUUAUAAAUUGUAUUUUCUCUUCUCUCUACCUUGCAAUAGCAGCAAAUUUUCUAAUUCCAUUUCAGUACAUUAUUCUUUAAAGUACAAGUACACUGUAGUGCGUGUAUAAUGCCCUUUGUUUCAUGGAGAGCGUAUGACGUUCAGCAGUACACUGUGCAAUGGACAGUUUUUUCAUUUUCGUAACCAGGGCAUUUUUGCAGUAGAAAUACAAAUUCUGAAUAUCUUUAUAUGUACAAAAUGAUCUUGCCUUUGCAUUUUUGCAAUGAUCCAACUUAUGACUCAUGUAAAAAGCAAUCAACAGAAAUGAUUUGUGAAAUAGAAAUCAAAUUUUGCCUUUGUGCUUUAUGCAGCAGGGCCUUACAUUGGAAAAAAGGUGAUUCAUGAAAAUGUUGUAAUUUGUCAAUAUAUUGCUAUACGUGUAGGUAGUAAAUGUCACUAAUGUCUUGUUAUUAUAUGUAGUAGUGCAAUGUUUGUAAACUACAUGUAGAUUAUAAUGUGUGUUGAGCAAUGUAAUCAAAUAAUUCAAAAGUUUUAGAAAGCAUGAUCACAUUUUAUGAUUGUCAUUAAUUUUAUACCUUUUCAUUUUUAACUAAAAAUGCAGUUGCUUUUGAAUUUUGCUGAAAUUUAAGAUUUCUAACAUACAUACAUAGAGCAUUUACAUAGCACUUUUUUCAUCAAUGUGCAUUAUGUGCUUUACAAUUAAUAUAACAUAACAGUAGGCCUAUUGCUUACAAUACAUGUCAAGGGAAUGUUAUUAAGAAAGUAAAUUGGUUUUUAGCUUCUUUUGAAUAGUUGCACAUGAAUGAAUGUUGCUGGGGAAACUAUUCCAAAUGGUUACAAGUCAGUGCAUGUUUACUUUAUUUAUACCUAAAUAAUGUAAUGACCUGAUUUUAACAUUUUUUGGGGGAAAAAGAUCAACAUUUAUCAAUUAUAACCCCAAGAGUUUGAUAUUGGUCCAAGGGAUAUCAACUUUUAAGAAAUUUAAUUUUCUUUCAUAACACUUUUUAUGUUUCAAUGAACAAAUCUGUGGAAUGUAUCAAAAAUAUGAAAGCUGGUCAAAAUGAGGGCCAUCAUAAAUUUGGUGUCUUGCAACAGAUUUUAUGGGCAAAAUUGUUUAUAAAAUUUUGUGUCUUUAAUAUGAUUUCAGCUAAAUGUCAUACCAUGGGUCAAAUGAACUCAUUAAUGUUUUAAAUUUAUUAAAUUAUUGUUCUGUGAAUGUAAAGAAACACUCUUAUUAUUUCAAAUAACGGAGAAAACACACUUUCGAGCAUCUGUAGUGACAUCUAACUACAAAGUUGAUUAAACCCCGUCUGGUAAAACCCUUGGGUGGUAUUCUGAAAUUUGUUGUAACUAUUCUUGUAACUCGGCAAGAUUACAGCUCUCUAGAAUUUUCUUAAAUUGGUAUGAAAAUUAUCUUAUCUCUGUAAGGAUGUCCCCUAUUUUAUCUCUGACAUGCUCAAUAAUUCAUCAUCAACCAAUGAUUACAUUUUUUAUAUGCUUACGUCAACCAAUAGAAUUGUUUCCUCUGAAAAAUAUUUAAGCACGUUGUUGGCAAGAAGUGUAAUUAUCUUUGCGCCCUUGAACCUUAUGCGUUUACACUGCCGUGCUAAAAAUACAAGUGACUAUUCUCCUAGUCAUAUUUUCUUUGAAAAGAUUCAUCUCGAAUACUAAUUUUUAAUUGCUAAAAGUCUAUCAAUCCAUCUAUGUAAUGUCUAUGGAAUGUCUCUUUUUUGUAAAACAAGAUGUUCUUACGGGAUGCAGCAAGAAAUUAUUUUUGACCGAUAAAUAUCGCAUGUGCCACAAAGUCACAAUAGCCCUCUACAUCUUGUAUUUUGCGAGGAAGUUAACAGAACGCAAAGAUAAGAGAGAAUUUUCAGAAUACGUUUUAUCUCGAUGUUAUCUUGCGCAGUCAAUAAAUCUGCUCAAAGAGCCUUUUAAGUGAAAACAUCACCGAGAGAUCAGGUGCUAACAAUUCCCAAUUUGAAUUUCAUUGGACAUAAAAAAUCCUGUGGCCACUAGUUUUUAUGGAAUGUUUAUACUCAAGUAUUAUUUACUUGUCCCUUUAGAUUUAUAAGACUUUAUAAACUUAACUUAAACCUAUUUUAUUUAUUUUGUGUAUAUGCUAAUUGCCAAAUAUUUUUAGAUUAAUUUAAUUGUACUAAGCUAAUUAUACAUGUAUUAUAUCAUCUCUUGAUUGAACUGAAAUGAUCUUCUAAUCAAUGUUAUUAGAUGUGCUAACUUGUUAGAAACAGUAUUUUAUUUAUUAGUUUUGAAUGUAAUUCUUGUGGAUCUGUUAUGUACAUUAUUUAAUGUUUUUCUGCUUUUAUCUUUUUACAGUAUUUAAUGAAAUUGUUCUCCACUGCCUGUAACUUUUUGAAAUUUGAAAUAUUAAAUAUUUUGUCUUUCAUUUUAAAGUUUCACAUCUUAACAUGCUGUGUCUCUGCUUUUGAAAUAAUACACACUUAUUUACCCUGGAAUCUAGUAUUUCAUUUUCUAUCAAUUGUUCUCUUUCUAUCUUUUCCUAAUAUCUUUCCUACAUUUAACUACAACUCUUUCCAUUAUCUGAUUUCAUUCUCACUUUCCCUCUCUCUCUUCAACUUCUUUUUCCUUUUCCCCUAGCUUGAUCUUGUUUGUCUAAUAAUUAUUUCAAUGUCCUUUACACUCUAAAGCCUGGCUCACACCUUUGUGUUUUGGGCUUGUGUUCAAACCCAACACUACACAAUAAAAGGAAGCUAAUACAAGUUCAAUACGCAGACUAAUUCAGAGGGUUUGCAUUCUAGCUGGGUAGUUUGAAACUUUUUCCAAACAUCUGCAACCAAGCGCAAAAAAAUCCAUACGGGCUAACAUGGCAAUAUGCAGCUUAGAACUCAAAUGUGAGGCUUGGGAUUAUUACACUAAAACCUUAUAGCGAAACAGGAAUACAAAUUUUGUCAACAAAGCUUUGCAUCACCAUCUAUCACUACUCUUAAGCCCGUCUCACACUAUGAGAUCCGGUGCGACGCAAUUUUUUAUGAUAUCACAUUUUGCAUUAAAAAUGAACGUUCCAAGAAGUAAAAUUAUUUUAUUUAGGGUUUGGCAUAUUGUUAGGAAAACUAGAAUCAUAUUUUUACUUAGCGGCAUGCCCUAUGGUCCAAAUCAGCUUCAAGUGGCAGCUGAUCAUGACGUCAUUACGAUUUGGAAUUGAAUUUGUUUUUAUUCAUUCAGGGAGGCUCUAAGUGGACUGAAUUUCGAUUUCAGUAGUCCUACCACUGUUCUGAACUCUGAUCCGUAAUAUGUUAUUGGUUGGAAUAUCCGCAUCAAAUGUUAUCACAAUUAAUUUGAAAUUCGAAUCGCAUAGAGUGAGACGGGCUUUAAACAUACAUUGUACAUAUAGGGACAAACUCAUCACAUAAUAUUUUGUGUUUAACUUUGAAAAUGUAGCCAGAUGACACAAAAAUGUUACUUCAUGUUAUCCCAUUACUUCUGUACAUAGGAGUACUGAAAUGUCAGCCAGUGUAUGAAAAGCAUUUAUUCUAAAUUUGUGUUUAAUUUCUACGUAGCAUUUAAUAAGGUCCCAAGAUCAUGCCAACAAAAAGUUGACUUUGAACUGAUAGAGAAAAAUCACAAGUAUAUCGCAUUGAAAAUAUGAUCUUAAUUGGAUGUUUAUAUGAGGCAAAAAAUAAGUUUCAUGUAUUAUCUUUAUCUUGUAUUUGGUACAAAAUGCAAAGAAAAUGUUAUACAGUGCGUCCCACAAAAAAUGAAACCUGUUUUCAGAAACAGAUUUCACAAUUAUUAACUAUGUGUUUACUUUAAAUUUGAUAUUUAUGGUAAGAGUGUAAUCUCAUCUUUGAUAUGAGGCCAACAUCUUAGGAAAUCGUUCGCGAAUGACAGAUUACAAACAAUAAAUAUUGAGGCAUGUCAGAAGUGAUUUGUGCAGAAACUCGCGUGUGAAUCUGAAUCCACUCUCAUUUCGGGGAUCAGUGAGAAAAACUU